AUGUCUACCUCUCUCGACCAGCUCAAGUCCACCGGCACCGUCGUUGUCAGCGACUCCGGCGACUUUGCCUCCAUCGCCAAGUACAAGCCCCAGGAUGCCACCACCAACCCCUCCCUCAUCCUCGCCGCCUCCAAGAAGCCCGAGUACGCCAAGCUGAUUGACGAGGCUGUCGCCUACGCCAAGAAGAAGGGCGGCUCCGUCGACGAGCAGGUCGACGCUGCCCUCGACUCCCUCCUCGUCGAGUUCGGCAAGGAGAUCCUCAAGGUCGUCCCCGGCAAGGUCUCCACCGAGGUUGACGCCCGCUUCUCCUUCGACACCAAGGCCUCCGUCGACAAGGCUCUCCACAUCAUUGAGCUGUACAAGGAGCAGGGCAUCUCCAAGGACCGUGUCCUGAUCAAGAUCGCCUCCACCUGGGAGGGUAUCAAGGCCGCUGAGAUCCUCCAGCGCGACCACGGCAUCAACACCAACCUGACCCUCAUGUUCUCCAUCACCCAGGCCAUCGCCGCCGCUGAGGCCGGUGCCUACCUCAUCUCCCCCUUCGUCGGCCGCAUCCUUGAUUGGUUCAAGGCUGCCCACAAGAAGGAGUACACCAAGGAGGAGGACCCCGGUGUCAAGUCCGUCCAGACCAUCUUCAACUACUACAAGAAGUUCGGCUACAAGACCAUCGUCAUGGGUGCCUCUUUCCGCAACAUUGGCGAGAUCACCGAGCUUGCCGGCUGCGACUACCUCACCAUCUCCCCUAACCUGCUUGAGGAGCUCCUCAACUCCGACGCCCCCGUCCCCAAGAAGCUUGACGCCACCGCUGCCCAGAGCCUCGACAUCGAGAAGAAGUCGUACAUCAACGACGAGCCCCUCUUCCGCUUCGACUUCAACGAGGAGCAGAUGGCCGUCGAGAAGCUCCGCGAGGGUAUCUCCAAGUUCGCCGCCGACGCUGUCACCCUUAAGGACAUCAUCAAGGCCAAGGUCCAGGCAUAA